UUGUUGCCACUCUUCUUAGAAACAACAUUUACAUUCCAAAACAACAUGGCAGACGAAGCUCUUGCAAAAGCUGGACUUCACUUUGAUGAACUGAAUAAAAUACGAGUUCUUGAACCAGAAGUUGCCCAGCAGACAUCGGAAUUGAAAGAAGAUUGCAAAGACUUUGUUGAAAAAAUUGGAGAUUUUCAGAAAAUAGUUGGUACAUUUAUUGAAGUUGUUGAUAAUGUUGCUACAGAGGUGGAAAAAGAGAAAAUGAAGGCUAUAGGUGCAAGAAAUUUAUUGAAGUCGAUAGCAAAACAACGAGAAUCUCAUCAACAGCAGUUGCGUGCACUAAUCACAGAAAAGAAAAUGCAGCUAGAAAGAUUACGAAUUCAACACGAUGCUUUAGUGAAAGAAGAAAGUGAACAAAAUGACUUUAUAGAACAAUUAAUAUUACAAAAAUAAUUUGUGAUUAAAUGGUUAAUGUGAUAUUUAUUUUGUGCAUCCAUGUAUGUGAUGAACUUUGAACUGUGACAUUUUUAUCCUGAAGAAAAACAAUAAUCCGUCCAAACACAAUGAAACAUUGUGUACUGUUGGAGCUAUAUUUUAUACCAUAGCCUUCUUCAAUUUAUAUUAUAUAUCUUUAAUUUUUGAAAACCAGAUAAGGUUAUAGACUGGGUUCAUUUCAAGUUUGUGAAUAAAGACUAAUGCUUAAUUUAAUACUGCUGGAAAAAAUAUGCACCUUGUUUUCUUAUGCUCACAAUUUUAUUCUUGACCCACAGCAACAAAAAUUAUAGGAAAUAUAAGAAUUAUUACAGAUUAGAUAAUUAUAUGACUUAUGAAAAUGCUUGUGGAAACUACAUAUUAUUUUGAUGUCCUUUCCGAAACUAGGCCUGAAUGCUCUGUAGCAGUACACCCUGGCAUCACAAACUUGUGAACACCAUUUUCCUCAGCUGUAUUGAAUAUAGCAAUAGAAACUGGAAAAACUACAUGUAAGUCAAUUAAUGAAGACAUUCAACAACAUUCAGGUUACAUUACAGCCUCUCAGUGUCAUUUGCAUUCUUCAAAAAAUCUCAAAUUUUAGAUGCCUUAAUACACCCUACAAAUGUAUCCCAAUUGAUUAUUUAACCAAUCAAAAGACAAUCAUCCGACUUGGAUCCAAUUGAAUUAAAAAGAGACCCAUCAAAAGAUAUUAGCAAAACAUAAAGAUGGCGCAAGCAUGUUUAUAAGGGUUUUAAACGAAACGACCGUUAACUGAAAACAGCCUGAAAACUUUUAUGCAGAGGAUACCAAAUGUUGCGAUAAUUUCCAUUCACUAUAUCUCUGUAAAUACUGGGCAGAUUGAACAAUUCCUCAGAGACUUUAAUCAUGGUAUCAAAACAUUAUCAUUGAGCCUUUUUAUGUUAUUAUGUUUAAUUAUCUGAUAUACUUGUUAUUGUGUACUUCUGUUCUGUAUUAACACCUAUACUAUCUGA